UACUCCAUUUUGUGAGAUUUUUUAACGCCGCCCGUUCGUCGGUGAUCGUCAAAUAACUGAAAUAACGUCGUAUCGGUUGACACUCACGCAGUCCUACCGCUCGUUUCUGAUCGCGCAUAUCGCGCGCUUUACGGGCGAUUUGUGUCGAGUUUGGUGCCUUACACGAUGGGAAGAUCACGCAGCAGAAGCAGGAGUCGAUCUCCGAAGCUUGCGAGGCACAAAAACAAGCGGCCGCGAAGGCGGUCGCACUCUAGAGGACGGAGCCGCGACAGCGUCAGCAGAGCACUGGCUGCUAAAUUCAACGACCGCAGACCGAGGAAGCGGUCGUCUUCGGUAUCCAGCAGUAGCAGCGACGACAUCGACGGCCUUCUGGACUCCGCCAGGCGCAAAGUGAAAAGGCCGGCGGAAGGCGAAAGGGCCUCUUCAGACUUUGAGCGGCAGAGGCGGCAGCGUGAUGCGGACAUUUCCAAGAGGGCCGAGGAAGAGAUUCAGCGCCGGGUCGAAGAGGCGGUGGUCGUCCGCGUGGCCGAAGAGAUGGAGCGGCGCCGAGAGGCCAUGGAGACGGAGGUGCGACGGCGCGUCGAAGAGGCCCGGCACAACAUGGAGAAGCAGCUUCUCCAAGAAGUGGAACAGCGGCGAGCUCAGAUGAUUGCCGACCAGCAGAAGCGGGAGGAGGAGGAGAGAAGACGACUCCAAGAACUUGAGCAAACGCUGGCAGAAAAAAGCAAGCAGUUGGAGGAAGCACAGCGAAGCUUGGCGGAAGAGCGUCUGGCAAUGGUCGAGGAGCGUCGGCUGAUCGAUGAGGCCCGCAGGCAGUUGGAGCAGGAGCAGGAAAAGAAAAUGCGCCUCGACCAGCAGGUCAUCCUAAACAAGGGCCGUGUGCGACCCAAGCUCUCCUUCUCACUGAAGCCGACAGUCUGAGGGGAUGCCUUCCCAGUGUGCGCAUGUUGUGGUCUUCCUGCCCCCUGCUGCGGUUUUGCAGAACAUGUCAUCAGGCUUGCCGCAGUGCUGUCCUCGGAAAGGCGGCCAUGCCAUUCUCAGCACCAUUUUGAUUGGACCUUGUGUUUGGACGCUGGCCCUUCAAACUGUUGACAAGCCAUGCGCUCUUUCUGCUCCUUGCCUUGCAGACUUGUCCACCCGUCUAGCGUGUUACUGGAGUGCUGCGAAAGGCUGACUGCAACCCUGCGCAGAAGUAGCAGUUCGCUAUGCAGAUAGUGGUGCAUGAGAGCGGUGUUCUUGCCAGACACUAGGUGAUAAGCGUGGUUCAAGACCCUAGGGAACUGAAGUCAUUGCCGAGCUUGGUAAUCCUGUAUGAUAGACAACUGAAGAGUUUUCGCUGUUGCAUGGGUGCAAGUGCUGCAGAUGUUUACAGAUUUGGAACAGUUGGCUAAAUUCUCGAAAAACAGAAAAGCUAUUAGUCUGCUGAGGACGCAUGCAUGCCUAGUCUGCAUCCAGACUUCUUCUGGGCACAUUUUGUGCAUAUAAUUUGAGGACAUUGCUCGUGCUGUGCUCAUUUUUAUUUCUCGGACCACUGUAAAAAAAUCUUCCAGAUUUCAAGUGUGUCACAGAUUGGCAGCGAUUACCAGCGAUUUUUGGCGAAUGUUGCCAUGUAAUCUUGUCACUUGCUCUGCCAAUUGGUAUUGUGACUCAUUGCGCGAUCGUCCUGCACACAUUAUAUUGGGCUGCACCAAAUUAGCACUGUACUGUUUUGCUAUUGGACAAUUUUAGCGAGACUCUGCUAAGCUAUAGGUGUGUCAAAAAAACAAUCUCUUUCUAAAGUGGCUGUUGGCGUUAGCUCGAACUGCGACAGUUGUAGUGACCACGCUUGCAAGAAGCAGUGCACGCUGUGCAUAUUGUGUAAAUAGCACCAAUUGUAAAUACAAAUUUCCAUUCUUGUUUU